CCUUUUUGUUUUUCCCUUUCGUUCCUGAUUCUUGUGUGUGACAUUUAUUGUCUGAUGUGAAACUUGUCCUUUAUCUAUUAUGUCUCGAUUUAGUUUUGUAUUUUUUUCCCGUCAUUUAUUUAUUGAAUCUAGAUCUGGUCUUUGAUUAUCUUGGAUUCAGACAUCGUUUUGUAUUUUUUGGACAAUCAAGACGGUGAGCUGCCUUGUCCUACAAGAAACUAGAUUUUUUGUUUGAGGGGGGAGGUGAAACUUACUACGAUCCGAUCUCGAAGCACAGAAAAAAAUUAACCGAGAGACAUGGGAGCUGCAGUGACGAAAUCUGAAUCUCUGCAAAAAGAAUGGGUACCAGAGACAAAGUUAGAGGCUAAGAUCAUAGAAGCCGUGCAACGCAGGGCAACGAGAGGCACCGCUAUGAAAUCUUUCAACAGUAUUGUUCUCAAAUUCCCAAAGAUCGAUGAGGGUCUUCGGAACUGCAAAGCCAUUUUCCAAGAGUUCGAUGAGGAUUCCAACGGGUCUAUCGAUCACACCGAGCUAAAGAAUUGCAUCAGGAAGCUAGAGAUCUCAUUCGAGGAAGACGAGAUAAAUGAUUUGUUCAAAGCUUGUGAUAUUAACGAGGAUAUGGGGAUUACAUUUACAGAAUUCAUUGUUCUUCUCUGUCUCGUCUAUCUUCUUAAGGACGAUUCAUCCACUCUCCAAAAGAAAUGGACGAUGGGAAUGCCAAAGCUUGAACCAACAUUUGAGACACUUGUAGACACAUUUGUGUUCCUGGACGAGAACAAGGAUGGAUAUGUUUGCCGUGAGGAGAUGGUCCGAGCAAUUGAUGAAUCUGGAGAACGAUCAUCUGGGCGAAUUGCAAUGAAGAGAUUUGAGGAAAUGGACUGGGACAAGAACGGAAUGGUGAACUUCAAAGAGUUUUUGUUCGCAUUUACGCAGUGGGUCGGGAUAGAUGAGAAUGAAGAAGAAGAAGAAGAAGAAGAAGACAACAAAGAGAAGGCUUGAAUUUUAUGAGUUUCUAACUCUAUAUAUGUGUUUUGUGUUAGUAGUAACGAAAGAUACAAGUUGAUGUUUAAGUAAUGCAAACAGAAUAAUUCAUUACCAA